AUGCUGCGACCGAGCUCCUGUGCGCGCGGGCUCUCCAGCGCCUCAACCCCUCCUCCUCCUCCUCCAAAGAUGUCGCAUGAGCGUCUCCUGUCACCGCGGCGGAGCUUUUCUUUUCUCUUCUGUUUUCCUCCCAGAGCCUUUUAACAGUUAACCGAGUCCGGUCAAAUUAGCAGCACACGGACCACACUCCACCCCCUCCUCGCCCUCCCCGCGACGGAGGUGUUUAAACCCUUAGCCCGGCGUAUCCUCUCUCUCUCUCUCCCUCACUCUUCCUCUCUCUCUCUCUCUCCGACUCUCUCUCUCUCCCACCGCCGCAGAACUCCGCCGACCAACCGUCAGGUGACCGCGCGGAGCGGAAUAUUCAUCAGCACCGUCGUCGUCUUUCAUCCCUCCACUCCUUCGGACUCCAGGCAACCGGAGCUGCCGCAGCCCCGGCCCCCGCUGUAUCCUCUCAUCCGGUCUGGGACAUUCUCCGCUUCACGCUCACGCAGAUUAACGGGGAUUCUGCCUCCCCACCCGCGCGCUGAUGCUGAUGUCCUUGAGCUUGGCCUGCACGGUUCUGGUGGUGCUGCAGUAGCUACCUCUGAACUGGAUCCACUUCCCGUCUCUGACUUAUCAGCUGCCUUUGCCUCGCUCGCCCCUCUCUCCAUCCGUCCAUCAUCCCUCCACCGCCGUCUGUGAGUCCGCCAGCGCGUCCGUCCGUCCAUGGACUGGCCGUGACCCCGGAGGGAGGGGGACAGAAAAGAGGAAAGCGUGGAGUCGCAGAGGAGACGAAGGAAAAGAAAGCUGGAUUCAUUCAGACGUCACGCUUCUGAAGUGCCCCUGCUCGCUGUCCUUCAUCCCCCUCACCCUCCUCCCUCUGCUAUGGAGAAUUAAAGGAGCAGUGGGAGGCUAGGCCGAGAUAGCGAGGAGAAAAACGCCCCUUCAUUGCCCUUAAAUAAAAUUAAAAACAGGGUUAGGUGAAUCAUCGCAGUUAUAAAUUUUUAAGCAGGAUAUUAAGACAGAACCUAGGCUGUGACUGCACAUGAACACCCUUCCACCAGCCAAACGAAAGGGGAACUGAGUUGAGGACAGACUACGGAGAGAGAGACAGGGGGGCCACAACAGCGAAGGACCCUCACUGACAUGUCCACAACUGCCACGAUGGGUGAAAUGGCAAACAGCACGGUGGAGUUUUAUCCCAAAGGGACGCGAAGCGGGAGCAGAGGAGGAGGAAGGGCGGAUGGCAGCCACGCAGGGGGAGACUUUGGGGUCACGGUGAAGGAGCUCAGGGAGCUGAUGGAGCUCAGGGGGACGGAAGCGCUGCAGAAGAUCCAGGACAGCUACGGAGACACAGAGGGGCUCUGCCAGAGACUACAGUCCAACACUACUGAUGGUCUCAGUGGGGACCCGACAGACCUGGAGCGCCGGCACCAAACAUUCGGCCAAAACUUCAUCCCCCCGAAGAAACCCAAGACCUUCCUGGAGCUUGUGUGGGAGGCCUUACAGGACGUCACGCUCAUCAUCUUGGAGGCCGCUGCCAUCAUCUCCCUCGGCCUCUCGUUUUACCAGCCUCCUGGAAAGGAAACCGACGCGUGUGGGAAUGUGUCGGGCGGCGCGGAGGACGAGGGCGAGGCCGACGCCGGCUGGAUCGAGGGCGCCGCCAUCCUGCUGUCGGUCGUGUGCGUGGUCCUGGUGACGGCGUUCAACGACUGGUCCAAAGAGAAGCAGUUCCGGGGCCUGCAGAGUCGCAUCGAGCAGGAGCAGAAGUUCACCGUGGUGCGGAAAGGCAACGUGAUCCAGAUCCCCGUGGCCGACAUGGUGGUGGGGGACAUGGCCCAAGUCAAAUACGGGGACCUGCUGCCGGCCGACGGCAUCCUGGUCCAAGGCAACGAUAUGAAGAUAGACGAGAGUUCUCUCACGGGGGAGUCCGACCACGUACGCAAGUCUGUGGAUAAGGACCCGAUGCUGCUCUCAGGGACCCACGUGAUGGAGGGCUCAGGCCGGAUGCUGGUGACAGCCGUAGGAGUCAACUCGCAGACGGGCAUCAUCUUCACCCUGCUGGGCGCUGGGGAGGUGGAGGAGGACGGGAAAGAGAAGAAAGGAAAACAACCCGACGGAGCUGUAGAGAACAAUCAGAACAAAGCCAAGAAGCAGGAUGGGGGUGUUGCUAUGGAGAUGCAACCCCUGAAGAGUGCGGAGGGAGGGGAGGUAGAGGACCGAGAGAAGAAGAAGACCAACGUUCCAAAGAAGGAGAAGAGCGUGUUGCAGGGGAAGCUCACCAAACUGGCUGUUCAGAUCGGCAAAGCAGGUUUGGUGAUGUCAGCCAUCACCGUCAUCAUUCUGGUGCUGUUCUUCGUCAUCAACACGUUCGUCGUGGAAGGUCGUGUUUGGUUGACGGAGUGCACUCCCGUCUACAUCCAGUACUUUGUCAAGUUCUUCAUCAUUGGGGUCACUGUGCUGGUGGUGGCCGUCCCCGAGGGCCUGCCGCUCGCCGUCACCAUUUCUCUGGCCUACUCUGUGAAGAAAAUGAUGAAGGACAACAACCUCGUGCGCCACCUGGAUGCCUGCGAGACCAUGGGCAACGCCACGGCCAUCUGCUCAGACAAGACCGGCACUCUCACCACCAACCGCAUGACCGUGGUCCAGACGUACAUAGGUGACGUGCACCACCGUGUGAUCCCGGACCCUGGACAGAUCAACGCCCGAACACUGGACCUGUUAGUCCAUGCAAUCGCAAUUAACAGCGCCUAUACCUCCAAGAUCCUACCGCCCGACGUGGAGGGUGGUCUAGCUAAGCAAGUGGGGAACAAGACGGAGUGCGGCCUGCUGGGAUUUGUAUUAGACCUGCAACAAGACUACACCCCCGUCAGAGAGCAGAUCCCCGAGGAGAGACUGUACAAGGUUUAUACGUUCAACUCGGUGCGCAAAUCCAUGAGCACGGUGAUCAAGCUGCCCGAUGGCUCCUUCCGCCUCUACAGCAAAGGAGCUUCUGAGAUCAUGCUCAAAAAGUGUUCCUAUAUCCUAGAUGCCAACGGAGAGUCGCGCAGCUUCCGCCCACGGGACCGAGAUGAAAUGGUCAAACAGGUGAUUGAGCCGAUGGCGUGUGAGGGGCUGAGGACCAUCUGCAUCGCGUAUCGUGACCUGUCGUGCAAUCCGGAGCCAGACUGGGAAAACGAGGCAGAAAUAGUGACGGAGCUGACCUGCAUCACCGUGGUGGGGAUAGAGGACCCUGUGCGACCUGAGGUGCCUGAGGCCAUUCGCAAGUGUCAGCGUGCCGGCAUCACGGUGCGGAUGGUGACUGGUGAUAACAUUAACACAGCCAGGGCCAUCGCUGCUAAAUGCGGCAUCAUCCACCCUGGGGAUGACUUUAUCUGUCUGGAGGGCAAAGACUUCAACCGACGAAUCAGGAACGAGAAAGGCGAGAUCGAACAGGAGCGCAUCGACAAAAUCUGGCCCAAGCUGCGCGUGUUGGCUCGAUCCUCGCCAACCGACAAACACACACUGGUUAAAGGCAUCAUUGACAGCAGCAUCAUAGAACAGAGGCAGGUUGUGGCCGUAACGGGAGACGGAACUAAUGACGGGCCAGCUUUGAAGAAGGCUGAUGUUGGCUUUGCCAUGGGUAUCGCGGGGACAGACGUGGCCAAAGAGGCGUCUGACAUCAUCCUGACUGAUGACAACUUCAGCAGCAUCGUGAAGGCGGUGAUGUGGGGGCGGAACGUCUACGAUAGCAUCUCCAAGUUCCUGCAGUUCCAGCUGACGGUCAACGUAGUGGCCGUCAUCGUGGCCUUCACCGGGGCCUGCAUCACUCAGGACUCUCCUCUGAAGGCGGUGCAAAUGCUGUGGGUGAAUCUGAUCAUGGACACGUUCGCCUCCCUGGCCUUGGCAACCGAGCCCCCCACCGAGGCCCUGUUGCUACGGAAACCGUACGGCCGGAACAACCCGCUCAUCUCGCUGACCAUGAUGAAGAACAUCCUGGGCCACGGCGUGUACCAGCUGGUCAUCAUCUUCACCCUGCUGUUUAUAGGCGAGCGCAUGUUUAACAUUGACAGCGGCCGCAACGCGCCCCUCCACUCCCCUCCCUCCGAGCACUACACCAUCAUCUUCAACACCUUCGUCCUCAUGCAGCUCUUCAACGAGAUCAACGCUCGCAAGAUCCACGGAGAGAGAAACGUCUUUGACGGCAUAUUCUCCAACCCCAUCUUCUGCUCCAUCGUUCUGGGGACGUUCGCGGUGCAGAUCGUGAUUGUGCAGUGGGGAGGGAAGCCCUUCAGCUGUGCCCCUCUCAACAUGGAGCAGUGGCUCUGGUGUCUGUUCGUGGGAGUUGGAGAGCUGCUCUGGGGGCAGGUGAUCGCCACGGUGCCUACGGAGCGGCUGCCGUGCCUAAAGGAGGCGGGCCUGGGCCUGGAGCCCGGCGAGGAGGAGGGCGAGGAGCUGGCGGAGGACGAGGAGGAGAUCGACUGCGCCGAGAGGGAGCUGCGCCGCGGGCAGAUCCUGUGGUUCAGAGGCCUGAACCGCAUCCAGACCCAGAUGCGAGUGGUGAAAGCAUUCCGUAGUUCCUUAUACGAGGGCCGGGAAAAACCAGAAUCCCGCAACUCUAUCCACAACUUCAUGGCCCACCCGGAGUUCCUCAUCAACGACCUCAUCCACAACAUCCCGCUGAUCGACGACACCGAUGUGGACGACGAAUCCGAGCUCAGCAGAUACCAGCACCUGCACCCGGCCCUCCGCAAGCCGCCGCCCCCCCCCGCCCAGCCCCAGCCCCCGGUCCGCGUCCGCCCCACUCGCCCCUACCGCCAGCACAGCCUCCCCGUGACCCCGUGCAACCGCAACAACAACAACAACAGCAGCAGCAGCAGCAGCAGCAGCAGCAGCGUCAGCUCACCCGUCACCCAUGGCUACAAAAACAGCAUCAACACAGUUCCCCCUAACAACAGGAGCCCUCGUCAUCAUCACCGCAACCCCCAUCCUCGUAACUGUCAUGGCAGAGACACGCUGGUGAAACCCCCGGCCCCUCACCUGGCCCACCUGUACUGCGUGGAGACCUCCUUAUAACUGAGCUGAAUGUGGGUUGGGGGGGGGGGGGGAACGGAGGAGAGGGCCGAGGACACGCACAUGACAUUUUCACCCGAUCUCCCUCACGGCAAACCAACAGGAGGGCGCGAAGGACGAGGGAGGUGCAGGAGGGAGUGGACGAUGUUCAGACACUUCUCCCGGAGAACAUUUCGCCGUUCCCUCCCUUCGCCCCUGCCGCGGCCCUCUCGGUCCGACCCCCCCCCCCCCCCCCCCCCCCCCCCCCCCCCCCCCCCCCCCCCCCCCCCACCCGACCGACACCGCCCGCUCCCCCCCGCCCUCGAACCCGUCCGACCCCCCUCGCUCCCCAUGGUUCCGCCCCGCCUUCCCCUCGCUCGCCCGCCUCACCCAUGCGCACGCACAGGUCUGCUCUCGACCGACGCAUCCAGCUACGCUUCAGCAGCCGGGCCGCGAGGCCACGGGGGCCGACCCGCGCCCUUUCUUUAGGUGUCCAUCACUCGUGUUGUUGUCAGCAGCCUCCGACCUACAGUACCUGCCGUGACGCCAGUCGCCAUCAUGAUUUACUGGGCCGCAGCCUGCGGCCACUUUGAAAUCACCCCUUUGCUCGCGAUAAGUGAAACACUUUGUGAAAGCUUUAACUAGACUCCAAAUCAUUUCCAUCGUCUGAUCCAUUUGUUUCAACGUAAUGGUGCUCAUUUAUUUCUUUUUUCUUUUAAUUCUCUUCUCUCUGAAUUUUCACACUGAGCUUUUUACAUUUUCUCUCGCAGUGUGUGUUUACGUAUUGUCUUAUCUUAUCUAUAAAAACCCACAAAAACAGGAAUGAAAAGCGAGGCUAGUGUUUAUUUAGCUCAUAGCUAAUUUUAUUUAGCUCAUUUGGCUAAAAGUGAAGGGAAGGGGGAAGUACAUGCAUAUAUGCACGUAAGUGUAUGUGUAAUCUCAUUGUGUGGGAUACAGCAACACAGAAUGCUUCACGACCCCACACAACCACAGUCCCUGUUAUCCGUAACACCGUCCACCCUGCUGCGAGAUGACACCGUGUGCAGUCGCCCACACAGCACCAACUCCAUGAGUGAGGACGUGAUGUGUUUGUGGACAUCUCCCAUCCCGCAGCUGGCGCCCGCUUCCGGUCUCUCCAUCUCACCUUCACGUUCCAUCACCUCCAGUCUUGCUGUUCCGCCAUGUUCAUUUUGUCGUUGGUAUUGAUUUUGGUGGGGGGAGAAAAACCUGAAAGCAUUAACCCUUUAAAUGCCAUCAAACACACGAUGCACAGGCGAUGGCCCUUUAAGACACGCGCUCGCAUCAAACCCGCCCCUGCUCACUCGGGUCAUCUCCAUCACGUACCAGUGCCCUGUGCGUGAGUGUUGUGGGCAUGAAGAUUGCUUCAUUUGAUCUGUUGGAUGUUCGAGACGCUCUGUUAUUUACAGAGAGGGAAGAGCCACUGUUUGAUGUUGAAAAGCAGCCAAACUCCAAAGUAAUUAGGCCGAAAGUCAGUGUUCAGCUCCAGCUUUAAAGCCAAAAUCCACUCCGUGCAGUCGCUCCAUCCUGGUGGAACACAUCAGUAUUUAAGGAAAUAUGUUUGUUUGUUGUCCUGCUGAGAAUUAGAAGAUAUUUUAAGAGGACAACAGCCAGCGGCACGUAGCUUAGCAUAAAGACUGUAAACAGAGCACUUAGUCCAAAGGGAAAAAGCUGCCAAAAUCUAUAAAGCUUACUAAUAAUCUCGUUUGUUGAAUCUGUCAUGAACCGUAUUUCUGCACAUCUUUAACUGUUUUUUUAUAUGCUGCUGAGAAGUGUUAAAUAAAUGUACCAUCACAAUAAGUGAUCCCAGGCCAUAGGUACAAUAACACCACAUUUAAACGGGUAUUCAGUUGCAUUUUGUGUGGUAUUAACAAUAUGCAGCUUUUACUGUAAGGCUGCUGCCAACCAGUGUGUAAAAACAAGUAGUCAUUGUUUUCCGGAGGCUUUUCUUGGCUCAUUAACUCAGUGGCGUUUCAGUUGAAUAGUCCUGCACAUCAUUCCCUUUAAAACCAUGUUUUUGCACCUUGGUGGAUUUAACAAAUGAGACAUAACAGUGAAUUCAAGAAGUGCUGCUAGAAGGAUGUUUCUUUUCUUGUUUCACGCACAGCGCUUUAGCUAAUUCCAGUUUUACGUUACGCUCAGCCAACCACCAGCUGAGUGGCAUUAGGUCAAGUCAGAUUUCAUUCAGAGCCCAUUUACAGGCAAAUCACUGUACAAUCCUCACACCUUUAACCUGAAUAAGCAAAAUUAUUGAAUGAUGUAGGUAUAAUUUAUUUGCGACUGUCUGCUAUUAACAGUGAAGGGUGAUGCCUGCUCAAAACCUGCCUCACGAAUCAGCAACACUCACUGGCCACUUUAAUAGAAACACCUGUAGAGCCUAACUCAACUUAGUGCUGUGAAGCUAUGCUUUCUUACUGGAGUAACUUUCCAUCUUCAUAUCAAAAAUGAAUGAUAGGAACAGAACAUUCUUAAAGUGAAAGACUUCAGUUGAAAGCCUGGGAAUUACGACCUUGUUGAAGCAGACGCCCCCUCGGAGCUGCUGAGUUGGAUUGAUUAAGAUUAAUGCCGGUAGGCGUAGAUACAUGUCAUCCUGGGAGAACGGUUGGUCAGAGUUAAGAUACAGAACGGAACAUGUGGGUCUCACUGUGUGGAGAGUCAGGUGUUCUCUGGAAAGCUCCUAAAGUCAGCGUAUUGUCACUGCCUUAGGACUUUGGGAUGUUGAAUGUAAAAGGACACAACACGGUCGUGACACACACUGACGGGCGCCGUCGCCUCACCGGACUCCACCUCGACAUUCCAUGUGAAAUACAUUCCAAGCAACUCCAUCACAUUCCAGUGUCAGCGUGCCCUCCUGUGACCCAUGUUGCACCAGGUGUGGGUGAGCCGCUGACUUCAUGUUGCCUCCGAGCGUGACUGCAAUGCAAUGCAAACCUGGACACCCCCCCCCGACUCUCUCCUUUCCCCCCUCAGUUAUCCCCCUUUUUCGCUUCCCUGCGUUAACCAUCCGGUCCCAGCGCCAGAGAAAGAGCAGACAAUAUGCAACAGACUGCCAUGCCGACGCCUGUCCCCAGCCGUGGGGUUCGCAGCGCAGUCUAGCGGGGGCGAUGACACAUGCAAACACAGCGAGAGAACAUGUCUGUCCUGCUAGUUCUGUGUCAGGAUGUGCGCAGGGCUCUCUGGGAACACCCCUACCUGUACAGAACUCUGUCGUCUUGAAUGCUCAUCAUCAUCUCCACCACUCGGGCCCGGCCUGUGAGAGUGGGCGUGUGGUGACAUUGUAUCGGUCUGUCUGUUUUAAAGCAUGCAUUUGGUAUCAUUAAUGUCACUCUUUAUGUGUUGGUAAAUCAUUUAGGCUACUGUCACUACUGUGUGCUAUGAUCUCUCCACAUCUGCUCUCUCCUUUUCGCUCGCUCUCUCUCUCUCUCACACACACACACACACACACACACACACACACACACACACACUCAUAUCCUGUUCAAGUCUGACCUUUCAGCAGCUCUGUCAACGCUUUCUGCAGUAUACAGACACGCACACACACGCAAGCGUUCACCAAACAACAGGCGGAAGAUCUACAGUGGUGUAAAUUUGACUGCCCAGUUCCAGCCAUCUCUGUCCAUCCGUCCAGCCAUGUUACAUCAAGAUGUUGUGAGAAAGUUUCACAGGAAGCAAAACACAAUGUGAAAAGGAAUAUAUUUAUCAAAAUUAUAAAUGGUACAACUGCACCACUACUGUACAGAUCGCCCAAAUGUGCACAUGUGCAUCUUUGAUUUACAGGUACUAUGUUCCUGUUACACUCUUUUUUUUUGUUUUUUUCUUUUAAUCCUAUCGCUUUUUGUAAAGAGAGGAACAACAAAAUGGAAGCGCUUGUAUAUUAUUAUUAUUAUGAUUGAUUUUCUCCACCAGUGCCCCCACUGAUGGAAAAAGACAGUUGCACAUUCUCCUGAGCAUAUUCUGAGGGCUGUGUUUUCUGUCCUUUGAACAGCCCCUGAAGUGUGCAGAGGUGUGGAGAUGUUUAUAGUCUCUUAAGACCAGAGAUGCCCUCUGUAAAUAGAGAACAGAAGACACAGAUGUACCUCAUUAGGAUCAGUAGGAGCGGACCAACUGGGGUGCCACACAGGAUGGAGAGCAAGAAGGCAACGUAGAACUAGAGACUGCAGAAGUGCAGUGCAACCGAGCACUGUUUAGGCUGCUCUCUUAGAUCUGCUGCUAGUAUUUACUGCCAUGUUGAGACGGGAGGAAACUAAGGUUUCACAUUAUUCAUUAUACCGAUGUAAAUAUUGCGCGUGGAAUGGUCUCCCCCUCCCCUUCAUGCACAAUACAGUGCUGUUCUGCGGACAGAAAAUGCAGCCUUAACUGUGCUGAAAUGAAAAAAAAAGACCAAAAAAAAAAUCAUAAAGACUAUUGAAUAUAUUAAAGAGUUACCUGCCUGUUAUUUAAGCGAAUAAAUAUCUAUAUAUGAGAAAGAACACACCUGUAUACUGUAGACUAAAUCUGUAUGGAAAUCUAAGAGAAUUUAAUGGGAAUUAAGUCCAACACCUUUUGUCCGUAUGAAAGAAAAAUACAUCAAAGUAUUCUACAAUAAUAACUUUGACAAAGUAA